AUAAUCAAAAAUGUCAAAAAAUUCAGCGUAUUAAGUUAUUACAAAAUUAUUUGUUAUCACAGAGAGUAAAUGGGACACAAAGGCCACAGGACUAGAAAGAAAGUCAAAUUGCAACGGAAGGGCCAUCCUCCUCAGAAAAUUAAAAUAAAGCCGCCCACAAGGCAUAACCACGCCCACAUCCACUCAAGCCGUCAUCCUCGCCCAAGAACUCGGAAAUCAGAGGUUUUCCACGACAACUGCUGCAAGUACAAGAUCCAUACGAGGAUCAUGAGACGCUAUCAGGUCGACCUGGCCACCCAGUGCCCCUCCCGCACCAUCAGCCUGGCCACCUCUGUGCCGCUCCUGCAACAUCCUGUCCGGCGAAAGGUGCUCCAUCUGCCGGAAACGGUGGUCAUGCACAUGCGGAAUAUGGAGGACGCCCGCCGCGUGGCGAUUAGCAAUAGGAGAACUCUUAUUCAGACCCAUGUUUCGGUGCCGGAUGGGGAAGCUGGGAGUGAUCCACGCCAAAUAGAUCGGAGGUUGAGGCAAGUCUAUAGAAGAGGAAGGGAGCGGCCCUUAUCCAGCAGCAUGGAUAUGGAUGACUUGUACACGAAUCCGUUUCAGUAGCAAUGUGUUUUUCUUGCUAGUGCAAUACUUGUCUUUUAGAAAAUACACAUAGGUGCAAUACUUAUUAAAUAAAUAGGUUAAACAACUCGUUUGCAGAAA